AGCCGUUUUCGGCGCAGGUCAUCCCUCCAGUUCCCCCCCUUUGCCCUCGUGUCCGAGCAGCGUCGCCAGUGCCUCGCGGGGCGCCCCGCGAGCAUGAGCCCAGUCGGCAGCGUCUGCGUCGCCUUGUUCUCUGUUGCCGUCUCGUGGUCCUUGCAGGGCUGUGGUCCCGCCCCGGACGAGGGCAGCGCGUUCCUGUCGUCGAACGUCACGACCACCGAGCGGUCCGAGUUCAGCAGGUGGACGGUCACCACGACGACGCUGUCCAAGACCACGGUGACGACGUCAAGCCCGACGUCUACAACGACAGAGCACACGAAGACCAUGACGUCGACGGAGAUGUGCUCGGAGUUUGGCGAGGAUUGCUCGCAGUCGCGGUGCUGCCAGAACGAAACCAUGCAGUGUUACGUGAAGGACGACUCGUGGGCCAGCUGCAAGCCCUCCUGCGAGGCCGGCGCCAUCGACCUCAACGACGCUCCCGCGUUCCAGACGCCCUGGCAGUGCUUCGUCCUUGCGAGGAUGCCGGAUGGCUGGGUGAACGGCACCUUCACCACUGGUUAUUGGGACUGUUGCAAACCCAGUUGCGCGUGGUUGGGCAAGGGCAAUGUCGACCAGCCGCCCCGGUCGUGCGCGGCGGUGACGCAGGAGUACCUCGUCGACACGGAGCUCGAGAGCGUCUGCACCCUGGGCGGCAUUGCCGCGGGUUGCGUGGACAACCAGCCGUUCGCCGUGAGCAGCAGCCUCAGCAUGGGCUUCGCCGCCGCGGCCGUGGGCGGCGGACACGGCCUGUCCGGCGACGAGAACUGCGGCCAAUGCUUCGAGCUGGUGUUCACGGACGAGAAGCACCCCGACAUGUUCGGCGGCUGGGGUGGUUCACAUUCCUCGCUGGUGGGGAAGACGAUGAUCGUGCAGAUCGGGGCGAUGCGAGUCAUGCGAUUUGAGACGAACGCGCUGCGAGUGCGGUACGGCGUCCCCAUAUUCGUUACCUUCUCGCCCGACGAAGGUCACAAUCUGCUCAUGGUGAGACUCUCGCGCACUCGCCGGCAGGACCCCGUGCACAAGGCAGCUGAUGAUGAAGCGCACUCGCGGCUGGCGGGGGGUCGGGGCUGGCCGCGCGUAGCCCCCGACAUGGAUGGGCUGCGCAUGGACCUGCCGAUGGCCACGGGGGAGGCAGGAGUGCCACCAUGGAACGAGCGCAGACGCAUUCUUGCGAGAGAUCCCAUGGCCAGCGUGGACGGCUUCCGUAUCCUGGUGGAGAGCGGGGACUUGUACGGCUUCUUGCCCAUCGUUGAAGGCAUGCCCGUCGCUCUGACCGAUCAUAUCGAUCGAAGCGAGGACAAAAACCUGUUGCGCGGUCGCGUGGGCCGGGUGCAAUCCUGGGUAUGCGACGGCGACGGCGACAAUGAUCGAGUCACGCGCGGCGGGGAGACCAUAUUGAAGAAGACUCCGAAAGUGAUUUUCGUGUUGUUCGAGGAAGGCGAUGACGGGAAAGGUGGCAGGAAGCCAUGCCAGUGGACGAUCGAGGGGAUGAAGACGCCCGGGUUGCACCCCUACAAGAACAUGUACCCAACGGUCGGGCAGUGGAGCCGCGCAGAUGGGCUCCGCGUGUGCAGCGUGUGCCUGGAAGAUAAGAAGAGGCCCGGCACGCCGUGGCAAUGCAUGGAGUGUGGUCUAUUGAAGUGCCAGGAGGCGUUCCACGCGUCACAGCACCACCCGUCGAAGUUGACCACGCGGCGUUGCGUGGACUGCCCCGAGAGACGGAGUUGCCGCGUGUGCGAGGGUCGGAAGUACGAAGAAGCGUUCGCGCCGUACCAGUGGGACCUUGCAGGGAACAGCCGGUGCAGAGGGGGGAUGUGCAAAGAGUGCGAGGAGCUGAAGAAGCACCUGACGUGUUCCCGCUGCGGCAUGGAGAAGUUGGUGGACGAUUUUGCGAGGAUUGAGAGGAACGCAGAGGAGCGGAAGUGCAAAGCGUGUAAGAAAUCAAUGAGAGAGGAAGAAAGACAGCGCGCCGAGGAAGGGAAACUGAGGGUAUGCUCGAAAUGUGGGGAGUCGAAGAGUAAGGCGGAGUUUUCCGCUCACACGUGGUGCAUCGUCUCCAAAGAGACCAUUGCAUGUACCCAGUGCGUCCAGGAUGCGGCCGCCCAACGGGACUCGGCGGCGAGGAAAGACGUGAAGGCCUGUGUUGUGUGCGAGGUGGCGCAACGGCGUGAUUUCUUCUCGCACAAAAUGUGGUAUGGAGUGGCCGAUCGCGACCGCAAAUGCAUGCGCUGCGUCUACGCUGGGGCUGCACAGCGGAACACAGAUGCGAGGAAGGACGUGAGGGCAUGCGUGGUGUGCGAGGUAGCGCAGCGGCGUGAAUACUUUUCGAAUUGGAUGUGGGAGUGCGCGGGAGAUCAGCACCGCAAGUGCAAGCGCUGCAUCGAUGGCGCAAAGCUGGAGCGAGGGAAGUGGAAAUGUGUAGAAUGUAAGGGCGCUUUCGGGAGGGAGCACUACAGCAACUGGUUGGCUGGGCGAUCGACGCAGAAGGCGAAUGGGAAGCAGAGAUGCAACAUAUGUUGUGCUGGCCAAGAGCGCAAACGGAAGGAAGUCGCCGAGCGGACCCAUGCGUCGGUAACGAAAAAGCAUAAGGCUGGAUAG